GUGCCGGGCCGCAGCUACCCCCGGCCCAGGAUGCGGUGGUAGAGGCGGCGCGCUCUGGAAGCCGGGUCCCUGGCGUCACCAACACAACUCCCAGCCCAUGGCGACCCCGGGCCUGGGGCUGCUCCUGGCGCUUGGCCUGGUGCUGCUGCCCGCCCGCCGGGACCGAGCCUGGGGGCAAGACCCUGCACCCACCUCUGAUGGCAACAGCAGCACCAGCAGCACCAUGCCUGACCUCAGCUCCGAUGGGGGCCUGUCUCCAGCGGGCCUUACUGCUAUCAUCGUGGUCUUCUCCAUCCUGGGUGCCCUGCUCCUGAUUGUGGGGCUGGUGCUCCUGGUACGGAAACUUCGGGAGAAGCGGCAAACAGAGGGCACCUACCGGCCCAGCGUUGAGGAGCAGUUCUCCCACGCAGCCGAGGCCCAGGCCCCCCAGGACUCCAAGGAGACGGUUCGGGGCUGCCUACCCAUCUAGGUCCCCUUUCCUUCAUCCACCUCCCUUCCUUGCUGUGUGACCUUGGGGGAAGGCAGUGCCCUCUCUGGGCAAUCAGAUUCAUCCAGUGCUUAAGAAUAGAAGGGAAGAAGGUGCUUAAAGACUUUGCCUCUGAGGGCAAGGGAGGGCUGGGCUGUUCAAUUUUUAUAUAUUUAUAUAACAUUGGUAGUGAGCUGUAAUAAAGUUUUUUGUUUUUUUU